AUGGCAAUUGCGUUAGCGGAGGCAGACAAGUAUGAGGUGCUUGAAAAGAUUGGUUGCGGUUCCUUCGGAAUCAUUCGCAAAGUGCGACGAAAGGCAGACGGCUUUAUACUCUGUCGCAAGGAAAUCAACUACAUCAAGAUGUCGCAAAAGGAACGAGAACAGCUGACAGCCGAAUUCAAUAUUUUAAGCUCUCUUCGACACCCGAACAUCGUCGCCUACUACCAUCGCGAACACCUCAAAGCGAGUCAGGACCUUUACCUUUACAUGGAAUACUGUGGUGGUGGGGAUCUCAGCAUGAUCAUCAAGAACCUGAAAAAGACGAACAAAUUUGCAGAGGAAGAAUUCGUGUGGCGCAUUUUGUCCCAAUUGGCGACGGCGUUAUACCGCUGCCACUACGGUUCUGAUCCUCUCGAAGCUGGAAGCAUUCUAGGCCCUGCUCCUAAACAGUCUGGUCUCAAAGGGAAGCAGGCUCAGAUGACUAUCCUUCAUCGUGAUCUCAAACCAGAAAACAUCUUUCUUGGCAGCGACAAUACUGUCAAGCUCGGUGACUUCGGUCUCUCGAAGCUGAUGAACUCUCAAGACUUCGCAUCUACCUAUGUCGGUACCCCAUUCUACAUGUCGCCCGAAAUCUGUGCGGCGGAACCCUACACAUUGCGAUCUGAUAUUUGGGCUGUCGGCUGCAUCAUGUAUGAGCUGUGCCAGAAAGAGCCGCCUUUCAACGCCAGAACCCACAUCCAACUCAUCCAGAGAAUACGCGAAGGCAAAUUUGCUCCCCUGCCUGAUUUCUACUCACCCGAGCUGAAAAAUGUUAUUGCAAGCUGCUUGCGCGUCAACCCGGACCAUCGCCCUGAUACUGCAGCGCUGAUCAACCUUCCCAUCAUCCGCCUGAUGCGGAGAGAGAAGGAAGUUGCCGACCUUGAAAAGACUUUGCGAAAGCGUGAAGAGACUGCCGCUCAGAAGGCUAGAGAGGUGGAACAAGCAUACACUAAAUUGGACAGAGAAAAGCAGCAGAUGAAGGCUGAGUUGGAAAAUACCGUCAGACGAGAGUGGGAAGUCAAGGCUCGGCUGGAGAUCGACCGUCAGGUGCAGAAUGAAUUGGAAAAACUCCGAAAGCGAUUCGACUUCGAGGUCCAGGAAAGGGUUGCACUAGAGAUCGAGAAGCAAAAGAAGAGCGGUGCUUUCAAGGAGGAUAGCAAUUCCCGGUCAAACAGCCUACAAUCCCAGCUAUCCAGCAGCAAUGAGGAUGCCAGUAACCCACCGAGCGCCGAUAUCACCCAAUUGUCGCUCGAAUCUCCCGCUCCCAGCAAGGCUCCGCGGAAGGAGACACGCACCCCAUUAACUCGAUCGAAGACCGUGGUCGAGUCACCAAUGGAUGUCCAAAUGGCCGAACCCUCACCCAUCUCAAUUGCAUCGCUUUCCUUGUCUCCCCGUCGCACAUCUGGAACACACUCUGGCAAGAACAUUUUCGCCGAAGCCGACAGACAGCGAGCGAAGUGGGAACCCACCCUAGCGUACUCCGAUGAUGAGGACGAUAUUCCCGAUUUGCCCUCCCCAACUCGCCCCAAGGUCAAGCCAGACCCGUUCAAAGCCCCUUCACGACCACUCCUGCGACAGAACACGGCUGCAUUCAUGCAGAAGCUAAGCACCCAACCGCCUAUCUUCCCCACCAACGCUUCCAGACUACCACAGGUGUCAGGUGGCCUCUCCGACAUGCUUCCUAGAGAGAGCAAGCCCCGGUCACCUCAUCGGCGUUUGUCCAAAAUCCCAUCUUCAGCGAAUCUGGCUGCCGAUGCUGGCUCACCCACACGCAAGUCUGGCGUCAAGCAACUGCCCUCCAAAACCAACAACGGCGGUGAGGACAUGUACAAGGCCGUGAUGCAGCGCAACAUGGGGGGAAGGACGUUGGUUGAACUGGCGCAGGCGCGCGCGGGUGGCCGUCCCGUUGAUGAAAUCAAGCGAUGUGCCAGCGACUCCCGGGGCUUGAAAUCCAGUGCGCGAGACCCCCCGGCCGUGUGGGAUCCCGAAAAAGACGAGAUGCCCAGCCCAUUCUUGGUCCGGGGAAGAAAGAUCAUUCGCAAUUUGAGGUAG